UUGUAAAGUAGUUAGAUAGUCAAGUAGUUUAAACUGCCAUGUUGCUUGAAACGAUUAAGUAAAUGACUGAACAGUUUGUUUGAUUGAUUGCCUCGACUAACCAAUAGAAACAGUGUGAGCGAAAAUUUGUGAUAGAGUUAACCUAUCUUGUAUUAGUGACAAUGGGAUUUGGACUCUCCCAACACAAAUGAUUCGUUUGGUUCUAGUUUCAUCUUUGAUUUUGGUCUUGGGUUUCUACGAAGCGAAAUGUGAAUCGAAUGACCUACCGGUACUCAAGAACGAUGAGGCCCUUUCCCUCUAUAAAUCAUAUCCGGAGAAAUGGGUAAAAGUAGCUUCUUACGGGCGAGUCGUUGAAGGGAAAGAAUACAAACGUCCUACACGCUGGGCCAGGAUCAAGAGGAAAAUCAAGCUAUUUUUUACUUGGCCUUAUCGAGCUUUGGAAGAUGGACCUAUCCGCGUAGUACAUGAAUGGUACCAGAGACAAAAACGUAAAUACAAGAAAAAGAAGAACUGAUUAGUGCCUAUAAAAGUGAAAACCAAGGGCAUUAAAUUGUGUUUAACCAAUUAAA